CCUCCCCCAGAAUCUGUCACUCUGGGGCAUUGUUAUUUAUAUUAUUUCCGUCGUAUCUCAAUUGCAAAUUACUUAUUUAGCAUUAUCUCAUUCUAGUUUUUUGUUAAUAUGAUACAAGUGAUCGUGCUCGGUGCAUGGGCAUUGCAUUUCUCGUAGUGUAUUCCGUAUCCAUUCGGUUCUUAAGCUAAUACUGCAAACAGAUCACCCAGGAUGACAUUGAUAGAAGGUGUGGGAGAUGAAGUGGUCCAAUUCAUGGCCGCGCUGGCGGUGGUCGGCGUCGGCAUGCUGGCCUGGUGGUCCACAAACGCCCGGCCGGAUCGCUACCGAACCGUACUAGUUAUGCGGUCGCGCGCACAUCCCGUCACAGUCAGCAUAAGGCCUAACCCCAGGCCUGCAACAAUCGUCGCAAGUACAGUUGCCACGGUUUCAACGCCAGCUUCUACCUCUGAAUCAAAUGGAAGCACAGAGGAGGCGCCCCGGGACAGCUCCAGGGUAAUCCCCCUGCAGGAGAUGGACAGCAUCGUGGACGCCGACAUGGCCAUGAUGGACAACAAUCGCCUGCACUUCUACAGGAGGAUUGACUCCCCCCACACGCCGCUGCUAACGCCAGAUUCGUCAGGCGACGAGGUAGAAGAGGAGCGGACACGCGCGGGCGCCGCGCAGAUGCAGGAGAUGGACAGCAUCGUCAGCGCCAUGGAGGCCGACGUUACUGCCCGAGACUUGUUCACGCCAGAAGCAAACUCAUCCAGGGUGGGAGCUAAAGGUGACACAAAGGACGAUAAAGAUGAUGCCGAGCCCGCCGGCGCCUCCGCCGCCUCCGCAGCCUCCGCCGUCGACGUCGACACCACGGACGCCGCCGCGAGGAAAAUACUCAUCAAACUUAAAUAUCUUAACGAUACGCUCAAGGAGGUGGAGGGGAGUCUAGACGAGUUACUUAAGGACUUUAAAUGGCGGCAUUUCUCCGUGGAGCUGUCAGCGGAGUCCCGCGUGCGACUGAUCUUCAACGGGCGGGUCCUCCUCGACGACGGGCUCACAUUACGAGCGUGCGGCCUGCACGACCGCGCCGUCGUGCACUGCCUCGUGCACCCCAAGCGCGCCGUGCCCACUCAGACUCUGAAUCCAGAGGAGACGGGCACGCCCGAGUUGGUGACCGAGGGCACGCCGCCCGAGCGCGCCUGGGACCUGGAGAACAUCCUCAUGACGCUCGUCUCCGUGGCCCUCACCGUCGUCUGGUUCUUCAGAUGCGAAUAUUCGAACAUGUUCACGGCGAGCGCGAGCGUGGCGCUGUUCGGGCUGACGGUGUUCUACAGCGUGGCCAUCUUCGGCCUGUACCUGUCCGACACCUUCCACUUCGAGCGGCGGCCGCAGCCCGUGCCCAACAACUAGGAACCUUAUUAUCUAAGCCGUUAGGUCGUUUGAUGAUGCUCAGCCCUGAUGGCUUAUUUCUGGGGUCGACAAACUUUUGAGAAGAGCCAACCGCAGUAGAAAUCACCAGUUUAAGGAAUCUCAGAGCCGCAAAUGUUGUUUUCAGUGGUCUAAAAACUAAAUGUGUUUUUUUUUGGUCGCUUGAAAUCGUACCUCUAAAGAGCCGCGGUUUGCCGACCCCUGGCCUAUUUAAAUGAAUGGCAAGCUGGAACAAUUUAGCCAUAUGUAUUUGUCUCGUUCACCUGCGUCAUGUAACAUAGCAAGGCUUAGUGACAACAAACCAUAGCUGGUCUGAUUACGGCCUUAGGAGCGUUAACGUUCGGUUUCGUGUAGGAAUCAUUCGGAUAAAGGUUUUCAUUAAUGCGGAAUUACUAAAGAAUCUUGUACAAUUAUUAUGUUAUACCUACAGCCAGAUAAGGUUGCAGUUCCAGCCUCUUUAAAAAACGUUUUGACGACAACCUCAAAAUGUCAUCAAAAGUAAAAUACGGAAAUUAGAGGAGUCAUUGAAGUCGCUAUCGGAGAAAUAUUGUAAUAAUGUUAACCGAAUGUUGUUGCACUAUUAUGAAGUAACUACGAACGAUAUAUUCAUCUUGGUGAUAUGUGUCGUUUUCAAUUAAAAGGAACCACAUUGUCGCUUACCAUAAGGACGCUCUGACGGGUUAUUUGUAUAAAGAUACAAUCUAAUUUCGUCAUUAUGGUAAGCGACAAUGUGGUACCUUUUGAUGGAAAACAUCACAUAUAUGUAUUUACGUAUUGUUUAAUGGAUUUUUUGUUUUGUUUACCAAUGUGAAGUUUACACCAUAUUUUCUAGCUGAGAGACGUACGCUCCUAACAACAUACAAACUAAACUAUCUGCACCAACCAAAUUUUAUGUGCGUACAGGUAAACAAAAGGUAGUUUUAAAAAUUCUUAUUUAUUAUACUUACCUAUCCUGAUUCGUUGCAAUGCAAUAACAAUCUAUAUUUACUAUAGGAUACACUCCGAUUUACAAGUGAAUUGUUUUAUUUGAAUAUCCGGGUAAUUAUUUUAAACCGAAAAGUAGUUUCAUGAUUGAAAAUUUGGUUAUAGUAAAUGUACAUUUGUGUUGAGGGAUUGUUAAUCGUCAUAUUAUUUAUUAUAUUGGGUUUUUGGGAGUGAAGGCUCGGGCUCGACCGCGAGUGAAAGAAAUGAAAGAAUGACCCAACUAAAAAAAUAGUCGAAACGGCUCUCAGGGGCUUUGGCUAUUUUUGGUUUAUUCUAGGCAAAGGUUUUCGGUAUAGGAUUUCAUGUUUAUAAAUAUGAGUAUGACCUUAACACAUUCAACAUUUCAUAAAAAUAUUAUAAUAAACGCUACUGAUUUUCUUUUGCUAUUCAGUAAUUUUUUUAUUAGUGCGUGGAACUUGCUACGUGUUGCACUCACGGGGAUAGUCUGCGUACCGUCAGCUGAUGAAAUUUAACACCCUCUGCAAGCAAAAAAGUGUUAACUCUCCUUUUUGACAUGGGAUGUCUAAUCUAGCCUUGCACAAAUAAGUAAAAUAACCAGCAUCGCGGGCUCUAUGACAAAUGGAAUCGGGACAAUCCCAUUAUAAUCAUCAUUGGAGUUUCGUCAUAAUCAAAAGCUCCCUAUUAUCAAAGAAUUACGGUAUAUUCUCGAAUGGCCGGGUAAUCGUUGUACUUUGGGUGACUUAGUUUUAUAGACGUCGGUAGAUAAAGGCGUUGGACUUGUAGUAGGCAGGAUUUUAUGAAAACAGAAGGUACACUCCAAAAAGUGUUUUAAUUAGAUUCGAAACGUGUUUGAAGUUUUAUCGCGUUUCUGAUAGAUAUAGUUUUUGUGAGUAUUUAAGGCUGCAAAGUGUUUCAGCUCACUCUCACACUAGCAUCAUGUGCGACAUUUUAUAUUCUUGUCAUGAAAACUAUAUAAAAUCCUUAAAUUUUAUAUAAAUGAGUAAAAAUGCGUUUGAAACGCUGUGUGGACUUGGAGUUGAAGUCGUUUGAGAUGAUGUAAUUUACAAAAACUUUCAUUAGACAGUAAAGUCAACAUUUGAAUGGAACUUUUUGUUAAAACGCGUCGUAAAUGAUUUUAACCAUACUCCUUUAUCGGCAGGGAUCGAUAUAACUAGCAAACUGGUUCAUAGCAUAGCAUCAUCUACCAAACUAAUGUAAAUAUACACGUACCUACUAGAUAUAUAUACUUUUUGUAUUAUUUUAGGUGUAAGAUUCAUUUAAAUUUCAUAAUUAUGUACCCAUUUGGACACGCAUUCAUUUCUCAUCACUAUCUUUUAAGCGUGUUUGCACUUGUACAUACCAAAUUAAUGAAAACAUACGGGGUAUCAUUUAUAUUUGCCACAAUCACGGUACGAGAACGCCGAGAUCGGGGACUCAGCGAGUAAAGUUCAGUGUCCUGCGCUAUACCUUUUAUUGUUAUUUACUUUUUAAGAUCAUUCAUUAUUCAAAUAAAACAUUGAGACUUUGUUGUAAAUUUA